ACCUUCUGUUGGAGUCAGAGUCAGUCAGGACUAGGAACCAAUCUUUUAGAGAUAACUAUAGAAGAUUUCUGUGCAGAUGCUCGUGGAGGAACAUGUCCUUUAAUUAGGUAUGACAUCAGUAUGACGUUAUCAUUCUCUCUACCGUGAGAAUGUACGAGGUGAUGCAGGGAGACACUACCACCCUGUCCUGGAGGCUACCCAGCCCCGGCCACAACGAUGGCCCACAACAGAGCCCCUUCAGCGGGGAGGGAGGACCCACCAAGAUCCUCAAAGUCUGUUUUUCCACCAACAACACCCUGGGGAAGAACUUCAAACUGGUCAAGUGUGACAGCUCCUGGAAGAUCAGGGCUAUAGUCCAGUCUAUCCUGACCAGUGGUAGGCUGGGUCCUAACAUUCAGUAUAAAGGCUGCUAUGGUUUGCUGCUGAAGCACCUGAAGUCAGACGAGCUCCACUGGCUUCAUCCAGACCUGACCGUGGGGGAGGUGGAGCAACGCUAUGAGAGUCAUCACGUGGAGGCAGAGUGGAGGUAUGACCUGAGAGUCCGCUACAUUCCAGUCAACUUCCUGGAAAAGUUUAAAGAAGACAGAACCACACUGCUGUAUUUCUAUCAACAGGUGCGUAGUGACUACAUGCAUUACCAUGCCAGUAAAGUCAGUGAUGGGAUGGCCCUGCAGCUGGGCUGUCUGGAGAUUAGGAGGUUUUAUAAAGACAUGAACGAUAAAGGUUUGGAGAAGAAGUCCAACUUUGAGUUGCUAGAGAAGGACGUGGGGCUGAACCUGUUCUUCCCACAGGAGCUCAUUGACCGCAUGAAGUCUCGUCCCCUUCGGAAGCUGAUCACCCAGACGUUCCAGCAGUACGCUACUCUGAAGGAGGACGAGUGUAUGGUUCGCUUCUUCAAAACGCUCACGGAAUUCAUCAACGUUGAUGAGGAGGUCUACCCCUGCGAACUGGUGCAAGGCUGGAGUCUGUCAGUAGAGCUGGUGAUUGGAGCCAGGGGCAUUCGCCAACGCACCCAUAAAGACUCAGCGCCUGUGUGUCUAGCGGAUUUCAAACAGAUCAAGAGCAUCAAGUGUUCAUCUCAGAGUGACGGCAAAGCCCUCCUCAACCUGGACAUAGAUGGAGCCAGACAGCCUCUGUCUAUCAACGUGACUAAGUUUGCGAUGGCAGAAAACAUGGUGGACCUUAUUGACGGUUACUGUCGCUCUGAGCACGCCACUGACGAGUCGUUCAUCGCUAGACCAAAUAAAGAUGCCAAUUUACGAAGUUCCUUGCCAGACCUUCCCACGAAUCAAACGGAGAACACGGGCUCCUUCAGAUAUAGCAUGGAAUCUGACAUCUACGCUGAGAUUGACGAACGACCAAAGUCUGUGGUGAAGUAUGGAAUUGACAGACAUGACAUUGUUCUGGGACGGAUCCUUGGCGAGGGGUUUUUCGGGGAGGUCUAUGAAGGAAUGUACAAAAAAUCGAAUGGGGAGAGGCUAAGCGUGGCGGUGAAGACGUGUAAAGACUGUUCACCUGAUGUCAUGGAGAAGUUCAUGAGUGAAGCAGUGAUCAUGAAGAACCUGAAUCACCCUCACAUCGUCAGUCUGAUCGGUGUCAUAGAGGAAAACCCUGUCUGGAUCGUGAUGGAGCUCUACCAGUACGGGGAGCUUAAGAACUACCUGACAGAGAACAAGAACAAGCUCACCAACAUAACGCUAGUUCUCUUCAGCCUGCAGAUCUGCAAAGCUCUAGUCUACCUAGAGGGAAUCAACAUGGUGCACAGAGACAUAGCGGUGAGGAAUGUGCUGGUGGCCACAGCAGACUGUGUUAAGCUGGGAGACUUUGGCCUGUCUAGAUACAUUGAGGAUGAAGAGUAUUACAAAGCCUCUGUGACUCGAUUACCUAUCAAAUGGAUGGCUCCAGAAUCCAUAAACUUCAGGCGAUUCACCACGGCUAGCGAUGUUUGGAUGUUCGCGGUGUGUAUUUGGGAGAUCCUGAGCCAGGGGCAGCAGCCCUUCUUCUGGUUGGAGAACCGUGAUGUCAUUAACCAGCUGGAGCAGGGCAUCAGACUACCCAAACCUGACAACUGCCCUCCUGCCCUCUACUCCCUCAUGACCCGCUGCUGGUCCUACGACCCCCGCGACAGACCCUCCUUCACCGAGCUGGUUGUCAAGAUCAGUGACGUCCAUCGGAUGGAGAAGGAGCAGGAGGUAGAAAGAGAGAGAGACAGGCAACGCUCCACCAAGUUCUUUGACACCAAGAUCAACUUCAACGAACCUCCUCCUAAGCCCUGCAGGAUGAAACCUGGGGGUCGUUUUGGAAACGGUAUCGGUCUGCACAUUCAGCUGAAUGAGGCCCUUUGUGCCAGCUCUCCAGACCUGGCCAGUCCCUGUGAUUACACCACUCCUGUCGACUCCAUGAGCAACAGCUUGGUGGUGCCCAUGAUAUCUCCACGACGAUGCAGCAUGGGGGAGGGAGAGUUGAUGGUGGAGCCGUCCAGUAAGGAGGACGCCCAGCGGUUGUGGCAGAUGGAGAGACAGCGUAUGCAGGAGACGAUGAGACAACAGAAACAACAGAUGAUGGAGGACAACAAGUGGCUGACCAAGAAAGAGAAACUCCUGGGCCCCAUGGGACAGGAGGGCACCACCAAACCACUGUUACCAGAACCAGAGACUGGACAUGCCCCUCCAGACAAGCCCCUGCAUCUCACCGGCCCUACGGCCCAGGCCCGCCCCACAGCCCAGACCGCCCCUACGGCCCAGGCCGCACCUACGGCCCAGGUCGCCCCUACAGCCCAGGCCCGCCCCACUGCAGAGCUAGACCGUUCAGAUGAUAAGGUGUACCAGGCGGUCAUGGAGCUGGUCCAGGUGGUGGUGCAGCUGAAGAACGAUGUGAACACACUACAGCCUGAGGAGUACAUCACCGUCAUCAAGUCUGUAGGGCUGACCUUAAGGAGUCUGAUACACAGUGUGGAUGAUAUUCUACCCACCCUCCAUAAGUCCAUUAGGACAGAGAUCGAGGGCACCCAGAAGCUGUUGAACAACGACAUGUCAGAGUUGAUCAGUAAGAUGCGUCUGGCCCAGCAGAACGCCGUCACCUCUCUGAAGGAAGAGUGUAAGAAACAGAUGCUGACCGCAGCACACAACCUGGCCAUGGAUGGGAAGAACCUCCUGGAUGCUGUGGACCAGGCUAGGGUCAGGGCCAACCUGGCCAAGCCCAAACCGGAGACCCCAUAGUGGGGUAAAUACCCACAGGACACCCCCUCUGGAUGCUGUGGACCAGGCUAGGGUCAGGGCCAACCUGGCCAAGCCCAAACCGGAGACCCCAUAGUGGGGUAAAUACCCACAGGACACCCAGUUUUUGCUGUUGUUUUAACUGGAGGACGGGUCAGAGCCAAGUGUGUCGCGACUGAAUGGAUGGACACACACACACACACACACACACACACACACACACACACACACACACACACACACACACACACACACACACACACACACACACACACACACACACACAGUGAGUUGGCAGUUCAGUGGUCAAGGUUUCCUUUUACGUUGAAUUAAAAAGAUCAGAAAAGAUGACUUUCCCUUUAUGUAAUUGGUGUUGUGAUUUCUGUGUCAUCUCGUGUCUUGAAUUGUAUCGGUUAUUUUUUAAAUAGUCUCUCUUAUCUGUUUAGGUAUCCAGGUUAAUUUAAUUCUUGGUUAUUUUCAUAUGUUUUGGGUAAUACUGGCCAGAUCAAUAGAUUUAUUAAUUCGCUUAUGUGUUGUUUCAUGGAAUGUGUAAUAUUUGUUUUCUAGACUAAGAGUUUGACCAAAUAGAUAUAAUACCCAUUACCUUUCUGUUUUUACUUCAGGUUUGUAGUAUAUUAAAUUCAACUGACAGUAUUGUAUUUUUUAUUUUUUACCAUAAGUAAAAGUAUGUUGUCUGUGCUACGAAAGAGAAUUUAGGAAAGUUACGAAAAUGCCAGUUUAAAAAUUAAUAUUUGAAUAUACUGCACCCUUUAAUGUUUCCGCUAUCUCGUAUUCAGCUGUAUCAUCGUGGAUAUGAAUAGAGACAAUGGAACGAUUUUGAAUAAACAUGUCAGACACUGUGACAAAACAA